AUGCCUAACACCAUUACUGGCAGCUGUGUCUGUGAAAAGGUUCGCUACGAACUCACCGGAUCGCCCAUCACCAACAUUAUCUGCCACUGCGACACCUGCCGCAAAAUCACCGGAUCUGUAUUCAUGGCGAACAGCGCAUACACCAGAGAAACGUUCUCAAAGUCUACAACGAUAAGCCCCCCCGACUCAAGAAAUACGAUCCACCGCCACUUCUGCUCAAAUUGCGGCUCUCCGGUCUAUACAACAUCGACCGGAACCCCGGGAUAUGAGAAUAUGCUUACUGUUACGGCCGGUACUAUGGAUAUUGGGAACAACUCCUGGAAGCCUUCACUUGAGGUAUUUUGCAUGAGGCGAAGGGGGUUUCUUAAUCCUUUCGAAGGCACGGAUAAGCAUGAGAAGAGCCCCGAAUCAUUCUAG